CUCUCCUGCGAUUUCUCAUCCCAGCAAGACUCAAGAACAACUCAACCACCUCAGUCACCCUGUGUCUACCACAACGCAACAUGAAGAUACUCAUCACUGGAGCCGGUGGCCUCGUGGGCCAACUCCUCGCCGAACUGCUCCUCAACGACAACCACACCGUAAUCCUCGCCGACAUCUUCGACCCGCCCAUUCCCGCCGCGGCCUCCAACAAAGCCAACGCCACCACUCUCAAAGCCGACUACUACGAGACUCCCAAUGCCGGACUCUCAGCAGACCUGGACGCCAUCUACGUCUUCCACGGCAUCAUGUCCGCCGGCUCCGAAGCGGACUUUGAUCUCGGCAUGAAAGUGAACCUCCACUCCACUCUCCGUUUGCUGGAAGCCAUCCGAGCCACCUGUCCCGGCGUGCGGGUGAUCUACGCCUCCUCCACCGCGAUCUACGGCCAGCCAUUACCAGAGUUACCCUCGGACUCCACCGUCCCAACGCCAGAGGGGAGCUACGGCUGCCAGAAAGCAGUGAUCGAAUACCUCAUCAACGACUACACCCGUCGCGGCUUCAUCAACGGCUGGUCCCUCCGCUUCCCCACCAUCUCCGUGCGGCCGGGCAAACCGACCCAAGCGGCGAGCAGCUGGAUGUCAGGCAUCAUCCGCGAACCACUGCAGGGCAAAGAGUCUCUCCUCCCGUGUGAAGACGACUUUAAAUCCUGGCUGUGCUCGCCCAAGACGAUGGGCAAGAAUUUGCUGCACGUUUUGACCCUGCCGAGGGAUGCGUUGCCGUCGCAUAUCAGGCAGGUCAUGUUGCCGGGUAUCACGGCCACGGUCAAGGAGAUGCUGGAGGCGUUGAGGACGGUGGGUGGAGAUGAGGCGGUGGCGUUGGUGAAGAGGGAGAAGAUGAGUCCGGAGAUUGAGGCUGUUUUGACGAGUUGGCCCAACUGCUUUGAUGUGAGUAGGGCGUUGAGUUUGGGAUUCCACCCCGAUCAAGGGUUUUUAGGUGCUGUUGAGGAUUUUGCAGCGAGCUUGAAGAAGUGA